AUGGCCUCUAUUCGCGUUCUUUCCUUCGAUGCUGAGGGCCGUCCCGUGCAGUUCACUUCCUGGCUCGACGACCUGCAGUUGUAUCUUAUGAGCAAUAGCACGGACCACAUCUCCCUCUAUGACUACGCGUCUGGUGCUGCCGCUGCUCCUGCUGCCACAGCCGAGCUUAGUGUUCGUUCCCACUGGCAGACUCGUGACGCUGCUGCUCGCCUAGCCAUUCGCAGUCACCUGCCGCUAGCUGAGCUCGAGCAUUUUGGCGACUGCAAAUCCGCUAAGGCCCUGUACGAUGCUGUCGUUGCUCGCUACUCCUCGCCUGCCACAGCCGAGCUUAGCCGCCUCAUGCUGCCGUACCUGUUCCCCGAUCUGUCCACCUUUACUACAGUCGCCGAUCUUAUCACCCACCUUCGCACUAGUGAUGCUCGCCUGCGUGCCGCCCUUCCCACCGAGUUCUGCGCUAAGAACCCCCUCCACUUUCGAGACCACUUCCUUGCUCGCUGUCCCACUGAGCUCACAGUCGCCCUCCUAGAGGAGCAGCUGCUUGCGGCCGAAAAGAGCAUUGUAGCUGUCGGUGCUGCUCGUGGCGCUCCUCGCACCCCCAUCUUUGAGGGGUGUUCUCCCUCUCCCCUCGCUCCCUCCUACGCUGCUGCUGCUGCUGUUGACUUCCUUGGUGCUGAGUCUGUUGGCGCUGCUUCUGCUCCUGGUGGGAGGCGCCGCACCGGCAAGGGCAAGGGGGGCAAGGGUGGUGGUGGUGGCGCUGGGGGGGGAGGAGGUGGGGGAGGUGGGGGGGGAGGCGGUGCUGGAGGGAGCGGUGGCGGGAGCGCUGGUGGGAGUGGGGUCGGUGGUGGAGGCGGGGGCGGCGGAGGAAGCAGUGGCAGUAGUGGCGGCGGCGGCGGUGGCGGCGGUGGCGGUGGUGGCGGUGGUGGCGGUGGUGGCGGUGGCGGUCGGAGCGGUGGUAGUGGUGGCGGCGGAGGUCGGAGUGGAGGCACUGGCUCGGGCCAGAGCUCCCAGCAGCAGCAGCGUCCCCAGACGACCCAGCAGCUUCGUGAGUGGCUUGCUCAGCGUGGGACGUCGGGGGGCAGUGGCCGCUGUUCUUAUGUCAUUCGCACAGGUGACCGCAAGGGACAGACGUGUGGGAGGUUCCACACCCCGUACCGCUGCUUCUCCCGCCUUGACGACGCUUGGCGUGAGGAGAUGGGUGCGGAUGUUGAGCGCCCCCGCUGGGCUGAGCUCAUGAGGGCUGGUGUUGAUGUCUUUGCUCUUGACUAUGAUGCUAUUAUUGCUGCCAUGUAUGCAUUGACUGUUAGUGCCGAGGGAGACUGUUACUUGUGUGUGCCGCCUGACCCAGGUAUAGAGCCCGCUGCCCUGGGUACUAGUGAGUCUGCUCUCUCUGGUAUGGUGCCCCCUGUACUUGCUCCCUCCAGUGCUGUCCCGGCUGGUUUCGAGUCUGCUCUCUCAGGUACAGCACCCACAGAGACUGCUCUCUCAGGUACCGCACCGGCUGAGGCCUGUCACACCUUCACCCUUGACUCAGGUGCUUCCCGUUGCUUCUUUCGUGACAGUACUGAGCUCACACCGCUUCCUGCACCGGUCCCAGUCUCCUUGGCUGACCCCUCUGGGGGCCCAGUCCUUGCCCAGUCCACCACUGUCCUCCCUUGUCCGGCGGUUCCGUCUGGCUCGUUGUCGGGUUUCCACCUCCCCUCGUUCUCGACGAACCUGGUGAGCAACGCUGUCCUCCAGGAUCAGUGGGUUGACACCUUUACCCCUGGAGGACAGCGUGUGGCGAUCUGCACGUGCUCCAGGACCGGCCGUCACCUGGCUACGUUUACCCGUCGGCCGGGGUCGAGUCUCUACACACUGACCACUGCGUCUCCUCAGGUCGCUGCUGUCGGUCAGGUGUCUGCGUCAGGUCUGGUAGCCCACGCCUGUGAGUGUCGUUCCCUGUCGCACCAGACUCUUCUCUGGCACCACCGCCUGGGUCACCCCUCCUUGCCACGCCUUCGUGGCAUGCACCGUCGCCACCUUGUGUCUGGUCUUCCCAGGUCCCUCCCUCCCCUCCCUGCCUCGCCUGCGCCGCCUUGCCUUCCUUGCGUCGAGGGGCGGCAGCGCGCCGCUCCUCACUCCUCCUCGUUCCCCCCGACAGAGGCUCCUCUGCAGACCCUCCACCUGGACGUGUGGGGCCCAGCCCGCGUUCGUGGUCAGGGCGGUGAGCGGUACUUUUUGCUGGUUGUCGACGACUACUCGCGUUACACCACGGUCUUCCCCUUGCGCACCAAGGGUGAGGUCCCUGCUGUUCUGAUCCCUUGGAUCCGCACGGUUCGUCUCCAGCUCCGCCGCCGUUUCCGGACGGAUCUUCCUGUCCUGCGUCUGCACUCUGACAGAGGUGGUGAGUUUUCCUCCGAUCUCUUGAGGACCUUCUGUCAGGCGGAGGGCAUCGAGCAGACCUUCACGCUUCCGGACUCCCCACAGCAGAAUGGGGUUGCUGAGCGCCGCAUUGGCCUUGUCAUGGAGGUCGCUCGUACCUCCUUGGUCCACGCGGCGGCUCCCCAUUUUCUGUGGCCGUUUGCUGUCCGGUACGCCGCGCAUCAGCUCAACCUCUGGCCCCGUGUCUCCUUGCCGGAGACCUCGCCCACACUGCGUUGGACGGGGGAGGUUGGCGAUGCGUCGCGCUUCCGGGUGUGGGGUGCUCGUGCCCUUGUCCGCGAUACGUCCGCGGACAAGCUCUCCUCCCGCACGCUUCCCUGUGUCUUCCUUGGCUUUGUCCCUGACGCGCCUGGCUGGCAGUUUUACCACCCCACCUCGCGCCGGGUCUUCGCCUCUCAGGAUGUCACCUUUGACGAGUCGGUGUCUCUCAGGUAG